AAGAGUUUCUACAAUAUCUUCGGUGCUGGUCUCUGCUAACCCCACAAUCUUAAGACGAUGAACGCAACGAAGGCUGAGCACUAUUCCCAAAACAGCUCCAUCCAGCACAGUGUUGGAGUUGCGGUGCUGAAACAGUACAUGGAGUGGGAGGAGGGCGACACCGUUUUGGACGCAGGAUGCGGCACGGGGGAGAUCUGCAAGUUCAUCUCCCAACAGCCAGGGGUCGCUUCUGUGCUGGGCUUUGAUGUGUCACCUGAUUUCGUCAGCUAUGCCAGUCAACACAACUCCGCAGCAAACAUUCUCUACCACGUAGCCGACAUCUCUGACGCAUCCACCAUCAAGCCGGAAUGGCAAGGUUCUUUCAGUAAGGUCAUUUCAUUCUUUGUGCUACACUGGGUGAAAGACAAAACUGCAGCGCUGAAAGCACUCCAUUCAUGCCUAAAGCCUGGUGGAGAAGUCUUGCUGAUUUUGGGCACUGACGAAAACAAGUCAAUUCAAACUAAGCUGAAGAUGACAGAGCAUCACAAGUGGAAACCCUACUUUCACGAUUUCUUGCCCAACUUGUUUCCAUGGCCUUCUAGCGAUCUCUCGAACCAACAUAGCGGCCUUUUGGAGGAGUGCGGUUUUGAGGUCCUCUUCUAUCACCGAAAAGAGCACCAGAUACUGUUCGAGUCCAGGGAAAAGAUGAGGGAAACUUUUCGCGCAGUAUAUCCACACCUUCGCUAUAUUCCCCAAGACAAGCAUGAGGAAUUCUUGCAUGACGUAGAAAAGAUGGCAAGAGAAACCCUCCUUAUAACUGGAGAUUACAAAAUAACCGAAGAAUCUCGUGUUGUUCGAGCUCGCAAGUUGUAAAAUCGGUCACACUAGUGGUAUGAUUACAUAAAUAUGGAAUGUAAGAUCGAAGAAAUAAAAUGUGUUGUACAUGUAUAGAUUGUAACAGUUCUGAUAUCUUCUUAUCCUGUUUCUUUUCUGAAUGUAAUACUUGUAUGAGGCUAAAUGCUAUUACAAUUAAUACAGCAGGUAACAGUUAAGUCUUUUUGGUUAUGUAAGUAAUUGGCGCGUCUUUAUGUCGACUUUAUCAUGUUCAGAU